UUGUGAACUUUUCUCGUUCACAUUUGGUCAUGUUCACGUGGCAAAACGAUGGGUCACGUGAUAUACUUCACACGUUUCUGACAGCACGCGCGAGACGUGUCAACAAGGACAGUCCCAAGUUUUUGGUUUCUAUCGGAUCUCCUAUUUUUAUAGACGGUAUGGCGAACGAUAAUGCGAAUAAAGAUCUGAUGUAUGCCACCUUCAAUGGCUCGGUUCAACGCGUUGAAGCAUCAUUGAAAGCUGGUGCAGACAUUGACUUCAAUCAGCUUGGCCCUAGCUCUGGCUCAUCUACAGCAUUGUUCAUGGCUUCCGCGAUGGGGCAUGUGGAUGUAGUGAGACUGCUGCUCCGCAAGGGGGCAUCUGUGCAGAAGAGGGUUUUUCAUAGAAACGCCCCUCUUCAUGCUGCAGCCGCCGAAGGGUGGACAGAGAUAGUGGAACUGUUGGUGCAGCAUGGUGCAACAUUAGACGUACGGGACGGCUUCCAGGACACUCCACUCAUGGGUGCCGCUGACAGCAACGAAGUCGGCACAGUUCGACGACUGAUUGAGCUUGGAGCGAGACCUGACUUGACCGACGGUCUUAAAGCCUCGAGGUUUGGGAUAGACGACGAAAAACACUCUGUGUCAGAGAGUGUAAAGCUGCUACAAGAGGCGAGGAAGUCCAAGCUGCUGAGAUGCUGCAACCCUAAGUGUGGCAAACCUGGCUACAGGAAAACCCUGAAGCUAUGUGCCAGAUGCAAGCUGACCCGCUACUGCAGCCGUGACUGUCAGAUACAACACUGGUCUGUCGGACACAAGAAGUGCUGUGGGCACUAAUUUGAAGGACCAACCCCCUUCCAAAAUAUGGUUUUGUUUAUGGCAAAUCGCAACCGAGCUUAAGUGCAUUUUAACCAAGUCAUUAAAGAAUCCUCGGCCACUACUAGUCCCUCGACUUAAACCCAGCUUGGAGAAUAAACACUUUUACAAGUUGGGCAUCUUUUACCCGUUUGCAUGUUAUUGCUUAUCACUCCACACAAAGACCUGUUGAUCACGCGUUGCCGCUACAGCCAUAUCAAAUUUAGCAUAAGAAAGUGGGAUGUUUUUUAAGCCUUGGCUAAGACUAAACGAUUAAUCUCCAAGCAGAUCCUACGGUGCCAUAAGAUAGUUUUCAAAGCUGGCCAAGGAGUGUAGCCGGCCAAGGGAGUCAAACGGGCACCGGAUGUUUGAUACUAUACAUUACGCACCGUGGAUCUGGUUCGAGAUUACUAAACGAUGUGCUAGAAUUGAUGGUCACCUCUUCCUAUUGUUUUCAGAGAUAUGAAUCGCUCAAGGUAUGAAAGUAAGAAGAUCUUGAUGUAAAUGCCCCUUUGCGGUAUUGCACACCUAUGUGAAACAGAAACACUUGACAGGAAUUGUAGAAGAUGUUUCCGUAACGGCUCCGAUAAAAAUCCGACACUAAUAGAUUCUUCUGUUUGUCACAAGUACGCCUUUUUAUGUCUGUUUGUAGCACACUGUGGCCAUUGGUCAGUCUUGUCAAGGAUUGUGUACGCAUGACAGUGCUCUCUUCAUUUGUUUCAAUGCAUGUACAUUGUACUAAGUGUCAAACGCGCAAUAAUGAUGCUCUGUAGAGUCAUUCCAUGGUAUCAUCCCAACAUCUAAGCGGCCAUGUCUAUUGAUAAAUAACCACUACUGUGCCAAGGAUAGCACUUCUACGUAAUCAAAUGCUGUUUAUACCAUGGAUUAUUGUAAUAAAGUAACUUUUGGCUCA